AGAAGUAUUUACCACGGUAGUAAGAUAUCAAUCCGCUGUGCCCUCCAAGCUGUUUACUUCAGGUCGACCACCUCGCGUCAGAGCUCUUUUGCCUUCAGCGGAGAGAGGCGGGGCAUAGUAAUGAAGAGGGAGGAGCCAAGCGGUGUCGAGGUGCUGGUGGAGAGAAAAGGCGGAGGCUUAUGGAGAAUUCCGACAUAGUCUUCUGGUUCCGUUUUCUGUUUGGUGGCACGAAGAAAGAUGUCUGGAGAAUUCGCUAGAAGCUUAGGAAAAGAAAGCGCUGCUCCAGGGCCAGUGCCUGAAGGAGUCAUCCGUCUCUACAGUAUGCGUUACUGCCCUUUUGCACAGAGAACACGACUCGUCCUGAAAGCCAAAGGAAUCAACCAUGAAAUUGUUAAUAUCAAUUUGAAAAACAAACCAGAGUGGUUUUUUGAGAAGAGCCCAUUUGGAAUGGUCCCUGUGCUAGAAACAAGCAAGGGUCAGCUGAUCUAUGAAUCUCCAAUCACUUGUGAAUAUUUGGAUGAAGCUUACCCAGAAAAGAAGUUGUACCCUGUGGACCCUUAUGAAAAAGCUUAUCAGAAAAUGCUCCUGGACUAUUUCUCCAAGCUACCUCCAAUAAGUCACAAGCAUUUACUGGCUAUCAAGAAUGGGGAAGAUACAUCAGCACUGAAAAAUGAGUACCAGGAAAAGCUUCUCAAGCUUGAAGAGAUUCUCGGAAAGCACAAAACUAAGUUCUUUGGUGGAAAUUCAGUAUCCAUGAUUGAUUAUCUAAUCUGGCCAUGGUUUGAACGGAUGGAGGCCUUCCAGUUACUUGAAUGUUUGGACCAUACUCCAAUGUUAAAAUGCUGGGUUGAUGUGAUGAAGCUAGAUCUGGCUGUUCAGGCUACGAUAACCGAUCCUCAAAUCUGUAAGGGCUUCCUUGAGCAAUAUUUGAAGAAUAGUCCUGAGGCCUGUGACUAUGGGCUCUGAAAACUAUGGAAAGUUUUUUCAGCGGAUGUCAAAGGGUAUUGGCAGCUAUUGCUCCAGCAUGUCAUCUGAUAUCUGAAAUGCUUUGUUCAGCUUUCAUGUGUUUUGUGUUUUGCUAUUCAUUGAGUAUAUAACUGGACUGAAAUGAUAAUUAUCUGCAGUAAAGGUUUUCCCUUCAAAAGAAAAAUACCCAACAUUGGUCAGGAAGAAAACCUUUUUUAUCCUUAUGUUCUACCAAUCAAAAUGGCAAUGUUGACUUUUUUGCCUUCUUUAUCAGUUUAGGAUAGACAUCAGUUUGGCUUUGUCUCUGUUUGGAAACUGAUUAUUGCCUUUCAGGAAUAAAAACACUUCAAACAUGA